AUGGAUAAAAAUUUGUUGAAUGUAACUGGUGGACAGCCUGGAUCUAGUAAAGAGUCAAACAUUGUCAAAUUAGAAAAAGGACGAUUAAAGGUGCCUUUAAAGCCUGGAAGAGGACUUUUGGAUUGGAUAAGGUUUAGAAAUUUUAUUUUUUUAUUUUCUGUGUUUUUAAGGCUUUCCAAUGCGGGUCGUAUGACGUCACACCCAUUAAUUGCGUCUGUCGAUCAUAUUGAGCUUUCGAAACACUGUUCAGAGCAUGAUUGCUGGAUUCUUCUGUUCGACACGGUCUACGAUGUGACUAGAUAUUUGGAAUUUCAUCCUGGAGGAAUUCCACAGUUGAUGAGAGCCGCUGGAUCUGAUGCAACAGAAUUAUUUAAUGAGCUUCACAGAUGGGUUAAUUACAAGUCCAUGUUGAAAAACUGUGUAAUUGGACCUUUUGUUGGACAAAGAGAAAAACGUAAGAUUCGACUAAUUAUAUUCAUCGAAAAUUUUUUAAGUAAAACCACCUAG